AACUGCCGUAAAGCUGCAUCUGACUGUCGUACUUUACACAACAAGACGAGAGAAAGCUGUGGUCCUGUAAAGGUCUCACAGUGGUUGCAAAACGUACAAAAAUGCUGUUAAUAUGUUUGUAGAAGAGUUUGGUGCUGGUGGACAUCAGCUGCUCCAAUGUUUUACAAAGAAUGAGCUUUACCAGGACUGUACUGGUGACUGGAGGAUCUGGGUUCAUCGGUUCCCAUCUUGUGUGUUCUCUAGUAAACAAGAACCCAGACUGGAAAAUUAUUAACCUGGAUAAUUUGGAUUACUGUUGCAGCCCCAGGAGUCUGGAAAGCAUUGAACAGAGAGCAAACUACACUUUCAUGAGGGGAGAUGUCUGCGACUUCCGGCUGCUCAAGCAAAUCUUCAGCUGUGAAAACAUUGAUGUGAUUUUUCACCUGGCUGCUAAAACGCACGUUGAGUCAUCCUUUGAAACACCGUCUGUUUUCCAGCGAGUUAACAUUGAUGGAACCAAGGCUGUACUGGGUGCCGCCCACCAGGCGCCGUACCGACCACAGCGCUUCAUUUAUGUCAGCACGGACGAAGUGUAUGGAGACAGUCUAGAUGAGGUAUUUGAUGAGAACAGCCCACUGAGGCCUUCCAACCCUUAUUCAGCCACAAAGGCAGCUGCAGAGUACCUCGUCCAGUCCUACUGGGACAGCUACAAGUUUCCCGUCAUCAUUACCAGGAGUAACAACAUCUAUGGACCCAGGCAGUACACUGAGAAGGUCAUUCCAAGAUUUCUCACUCUUUUGCAAAUGAGUAAGAAAUGCACCAUCCAGGGAACCCUUCCUGUAUCGCGUCACUUUCUCUUUGUUGACGAUGCCAUAAAUGCCUUCCUGAUGCUCCUGGAGAAAGGAAGUGUAGGCGAAAUCUAUAAUGUUGGAACAAGCUGUGAAAUUCAAAUCGUACAACUGGCCAAAGAACUUAUCAGAAUGGUAAAGAAUGUGCCAGAUUCUGAAGUGAACGACUGGCUUGAGUUUGUUCCUGACCGGCCGCGGGUUGACCUGCGGUACCCCAUCAGCUGUGAGAAGCUGCAGCGGCUCGGCUGGCGGGCUGAGGUGUCGUGGGCGGACGGCAUCAGACAGACAGUCAAAUGGUACCAAGCCAACUGCAACUUCUGGUCCCAGGUGUAAGAGGACCACGGACCAAUCAGCAACAGAAUCAGAGCUUCACUAACGGGUGACUGAGCCCGGGAAAACACCAGUUACAGUUUUACCUUUUAUGUGAUGCAGGUAUCAGUGUCAUCAGCCUGGUUUGCUGAUUUACAGUUUAUUAUAACAUAUUUAAUAUAUUAACAUGUGAAUGUGACUGACUGACUGACUGAUUGAUACUGGACCAAAAGGCAGUUAAGUUAGAAAUACCAGGAAGGCAAAGCAUCGUUUCAACUGCAGCAUGUGAAGAAAUUCCAUUUCUAUUUUUCCAGCUUGUUUGUUCAACUUUUACUUAAACCUUUAAAGAUAAUUAGCCAAAUCAGAGCCUGAAACAUACCCUAGAGAAUCACUACAGGUUCUAAAUAACCGCUGUGCCACACCUUAGUGAAUUUAAAUUCAUACUUAAACAGAUGUCUAAUUUGUAACAGCUUUUUUUUUUUUUGUGAGUGUUCAAGUAUGUUGUGCUGGUUAUGAAUCCUGUACAUAUCCACAUAAUACUGUUUCUAAUAAAACUACAUGUUAUCGUU